UAUACAUCAGUUAGCACCGCAGGACUUGAAAAGCCAAUAAAGUAGAUAAAUGUGUAAAGCUGCACACCCCUGCAUUUAAAGGCACUCUAUCCAAAAAUGGACAAAGACAGGCUCCCCGUGAGUACAUAAAAUAAUAAACACGAGGAAGUAUGAAGGGGUUGUAACGCAAGGCAUAGCCGGGUCCGUGCUCUUGGCUGGAGGUGCAUAACUUCAUUGGUGACCUUAUGGCAGCCUCUGCGCCACUGAGAGAUCAGCGGAUUGAUGAAACUUUGAGACCUGGCUGGGACAUGACAAGACCCAAAGUCUGUCCCCAGUCCAACCCUUCUAGAUCAAGCCAGGUGAAAAGUGCUGUAGCCUUUGGUCUGCAUUCUGAGGAACGGGAAAUAUUACCUAGAGACCAUGCAAGCAUAAUUCAGCAUCGUCCCUGUACAUGUCCUGGCUGCCCACUUUCCAUUUCACCCUCUCCUUCCUCACUCCAGACUAUGAAACCUAGAGGUACCUCCGCCUCACAAAUCCGACCACCCUCACCCCCCCAGUCCAUCCUAUCACAGCAAGGCAAAGAGUCCAAUUCUGCCCCCCUGGGCCUGGGCUUGUGUCUCGGACUGGGUCUCUCUUUAGAAGAGGACACCAGUGAGCCCAGCAGCACAUCUAACUCUGAACCUGUUCACCCUCAGCAGCAGGACAAAGGCACUAGCACCCACAGUCCCAUCCCACAUGCAAACCCUGAUGCCCCACCUCUUCAAGCUUUUCCCUGUCUUUGCUGUCACCGUGGGUUCCAAACCUGUGCUCAACUCCUCCAUCACAAAAAAGACUCAGAAGAGCAUGCUGCACGGUCCCACCACCAUUGUCAUCACCACCAUCACUGCCAUCUUAGGUCUUGCAUACCGUGUACACAGUUGCACCACGCUGCCCAGUCGCUGUCCUCCUUCCCAUGCCUGUCCUGCCAGCGCACAUUCCCCACCUGUGCCCAGCUCUUGCUGCACCAGCAGGGCCACGUGCAGCAGGAGACCUUGCAGCAACUGGCGUGCAUGCACUGCAGCGCCUCCUUUCCCCGCCCAUCGCAACUGCUGCAGCAUCAGCGUACCCAGCACGCAUCCAAAGCGGGCGGCUUCCUGUGUGCGGAAUGCGGCCGCGGGUUCAACUCGCACAGCAACCUGCGCAUCCAUCUCAACGUGCACACUGGCGCCCGACCCUUCAGCUGCGUGGACUGUGGGAAGAGCUUCAGCCAAUCAGGGGCCCUCAAGAUUCACCGCAGAAUACACACGGGAGAAAGGCCGUAUACCUGCACGUAUUGCGGGAGGGGUUUCCCUCACCUGGCUGGGGUGAGGGCCCAUCAGCGCACACACACGGGGGAGAAGCCCUACCGGUGUGCUCAGUGUGGCAAGUGUUUUACUCAGUCUGGGGCGCUAAAGAUCCAUACUCGCAUCCACACCGGUGAGAGGCCUUUUGUCUGCAGCCUCUGCGGAAAGAGCUUUUCUAACCGCUCUGGCAUUCGCUUUCAUCACCGUACAGUUCAUGGGAUUGUGACUGAGCCCAACUCUGUGGGUAGGCCAAGCCUGGCUGCCACUGCGUCGGCUCUUGCAUCAGACGUCCAGAGGAUCCAAGUCUCUGGUCAAGAACCUCUCAACCUGAUCCCUCUUAGGCAACCGGACGGGCGGAAUCUGUCCGGCAAAGAACAAUUAGGCAGGGAUAGUGACAAAACAGCCCUACCAUAUGUCUGUGAGGACUGUGGUCAGCGCUUCCCAGAUGCUCCAUCUAGAAAUAGACACCAGACUUUGGAACACUAUUCAGAAGAAGAGAGAGAAAGGGAAGAGAGAGGUACAGAUGACCACAAAGAUUAGAUGAAUGACAGAAGACUGAGAAAGCAGAUAGUGAAAUACUGAUGGCACCUGAAUAUGCACAUAUAGACUCAAAUUAAAUAUUGACUUCAUGUACACAGCCCAAGUCAAAUGAUGUACUGUAAGUUUAUAACAGAAGAUCUGGUUGUUCUUGCAUGUCUUGUGACCAAACUUCUUACCACAAGAACCAAUGAGAUCUCUAUGUUAUCCAAUUGUUGGGAGCUGGUAUCAGUCCAUCAUAACAAACAGAAUAUUAUUGUUUGGUCAUGUAAUAUUCGGUUGUCUGUGACUUGUGCCUCAAGAACCAAAUUUAUGAUGAACUAUUGCGAUUUGUUCCUUAAGUUUUAAAUCAGUAACUUUCACUUUUGUUUUAAUUUUGUUAGAAUUUGGCAAACACUGUUAUGUUUUAGCACAAUUAGUCUUCCUAAUCUACUAUUUUUAAAUCAACAAUUCUCUUAAGUGUUUGAAAAUCCGCUGAACUAGAUUAUAAUGAAAAGGUUCUUUUUGUAUUUUUUGUGUACUGUAUGAAGUAAUAGUGCCUAUCCUCAUGUGAAUCUUUCUAGGCAAAUCAAAACAAUUUUAGAUUCUGGCUUUAAAAGCUCAUUAUUUAUUGGUUAAUUUUUUUUCCUUCUCACUUCUAUAAUUGUUGUAGAACUAAUGUUUGUUAUUAAUUCAUGUAUUCACCAGAUAAAAGCACUUCAGUAUUUUGUGUGGGAAUCAGUAUUAUAACAUAUAGGUCAUCUCAUGGUUAGACAAGAUAACAUAAAGUGGUUUGGCUGACUUUACACUAGUCCAGGUAAGUAACUAUCAAAAAAGGAUUGUCCAUUAUUUUUGUAUUAAAUGUAUUUAACAUUAUAUUGUUGUUAUACUCACUCUGUUGACUGUCACCUCUCAGCACGGAUCAUCAUAUUUAUUUCUGUACAUCUGUCAGUGUGAACAUUGAUCAAUGAAAACUUGUGACAUAUGACAUUGUACUGCCUUAUAUUGAUUUUUUCUUUGUUUCAAAAGGAGAGAAACACUUGUUACAAAAAUCAACGUUACAGUGUAACAGCAGUUGUCAGUCUGUGUCCACCUGUUCGAUUGAAAAUAAAUCUUUGGAUAUGCCGUUUCAUACAUACAAUAUGGAUGUUUGUUAGGAUAAGAAAAGACAACAUUUGAAGAACAACAACAUUACAAUGACCACCUGGAAUUGUGAUUUAUCAUGAUGCACUGUUAUGUCCUCAAACUAACCUCAGACAGAUUAA